AUGUUUUAUGUUGUAGGUAUUCCAUCAAAAGAUCAUCCAUUACUUAUUCGAAAAAUCUUAAAAUCUCUUUGGUUUGUAAUACCAUAUACAGAGAAAGCUCGUCGAUAUCGUUUAAAAUCGUUUGGUCGUCCAGCAAAUGAACAUAAAUAUACUAAAAAUGAAAGUGAACAAAUUACAGUUGUUGAUUUCUUUCGUGAUACAUGGAAUUAUCGUUUAUGUUAUACACAUUUACCUGUUGUUGAAUUAUAUGAUCCAGAUGAUAAAAAUCAAUCAUAUUUUUUACCAAUGGAAUUAGUUAAUGUUGAUGAAGGGCAACCAAAUUUACAACCACUCACAAGUGAACAACAUGCUAAAGCAACAAACAAAACUGUU